CUGGAUGAGUGGUUGCUGUGUGAAGAGCUUACACUACAAACGCAGCAGUGUCAGUCUGUCCUCAGUUUCCGGCUUGUGUUUGUGGCUCUGAUAACGCUGAACAGGAAGACAGCGAGAGAGGGAGACGUCUGAGCUGAGAGGAAACUGCUGUGGCUUCUUCUUUAACCUCAGAAUGACUGAGUUCUGGGUUUGUUUUAGCUGCUGCAUAGCAGAGCAGCCUCAGCCGAAACGACGACGGCGAAUUGAUCGCUCUAUGAUUGGGGAGCCAACAAACUUUGUCCACACCACGCAUGUGGGCUCAGGCGACAUGGGCCUGGCAGCAGUGGAUAUUGUUCAGGCCCAAAUGAAAUCCAAAGGGGGCUAUUCACAUGGAGGAUCUGAAGGGUCUCAGUUAUAGCACGCCAUUCACUGGUGAAAACUACUGUUGGUUAAUAAAAGCAGUUCUGUCUGUGAAGGACACAGGACCAAAAGAUUCUACUGCUUUUUAGCAAAAUGUAUAUAUUUUUAUUUCUCGUUCCUUUUAAUGAAAGCACUGCUAUCCAUACGCUGCCAUACUGUUGCACUGUAUAGAAUAGCUGUUUAAAAAUAGAUAGGAGGCCAUAGAUGGAGCAUAAACUCAGAUGUCUGCUGUGUGUGUGUAUGAGCAAACAAAAACAUUGCUGUUGUUGCCCAUUUGAUGCCUGUAUUUAUUUUCUGAUGCUAUGAAUGGACCUCAUGGUGGCUGGGCCACACUGGAGAUUUGGAAUAUUCAGUUUCAUGCUUUAUUCUCAGAGGUUUAUUGAGGAACAGUUGGCAAGAUAAAAGCAGCAAGGUUUAAUUCUGAGAAAUAGUCAUGAUCUCUGAGUUGCUUUUCAGGGUUAAUUAUUGCUUUUUCCAAACUUGAAUUGAGUAGAGUACACUGGACCAUACGUUGUACAUGCACACUUGCUUAGGAAUUUUUCUUCAAUCAGUGUAUUAUUUAUCAUCUUUUAGGGUAAACUGUAGUGACUUUGAAUGAACUAUGAAUUUUCUAUGUGCUUUCUGUGGUCAUUUUCUAGAUUUCGUUUGCCAACAUUAUUUUAUUUUUAUAUUUUUUCCUGUCUAAAACCCAUCUGCAAACUGUAGAGAAUAUGACUUGUUUUGCUAAAAUAACUGAGGGUAACAGUAUGUACACUCUCUGGAAAUUAUUUUAAUAGAGAAAUGGUGUGCAGACAUCACUGUUGGAUGAGACGUCUGGUUCAUGUUUGCAACAGUGUUUUGGGGUUUAAUCGUUUCAGUGUUAAAGAUGCUUUGUGUGGAUUUUAACUUCCCAUAACUUGGCCUUCACACAAUUGAGUUUCCAUUUUGAAAUCGCCACGUUUCUGUUUGUGCCAAAGGACAAAGGUAUCUUUAAAGGCAAUUGGUUAUUAUCAUUAUGUUAAAAUAGGCACUAUUUUAGAACCAAACUAUACUUGUACUUAUUUCUUCAGAAUGGGUUUUGUAAUCAGGUGAAAUGCAAAGAACAGACCAGCGGGUUUUGGACUGUUCAGUCUUGAGUAGGCAGUGUAUUUUGUAUGACAAAAAGUCUAUUAUAGUUGUUGUAACUCCUAUUGCUCCAUUUAUUUUAUUUUUAUUCCAAUCCAUAGUUAUUAAUUGCAUUUUAAGAUGCAAAGAAGUCUGCCUACUGAAGCUCUGUGUAAUUGUACAAACUGCUUUAGAAUGUCUCCCAUUAUAAUGCGUUUUGAACUGUAAAGAUACUGUCUAUAAUCUAUAGUGUAAAAUGAGCUAAGCUAAUGUUAUCUGUAAGAAUUCAUAUUUUUAUUCACAGCAGCAACAUUGAAAUCCAGGUCUUAGAUUUUCUUUUUUAUUAUGGUGCUUAAAGCCAAGCCAUGAAAAUGUUCAUUUGUAUCUGCAUUAACUGUGCUGUAACAUUUACAGGAAUGAAUGUAAUUGUUAUUGGUUGUUGUUGUACUGUUAAUGUAAGCGAACCUCAAACUGUAAACCAUCCUCCAAAAAAGAAAAACGUACAUAAACCAGCAGGUUGUGCAAGUGGACCAUUUGAAUGUUGGAGAUUUUUGUUUGUUCUGCUAAGGACCUGUUUGCAAUUUUCAAAAUAAAACAAAAAGAUCUGA